AGCGAGAGAGAGGGAUGGGAACUUGUGUUUCAAGACCGGAGGGAUGUGUGGGAAUACCAAAGAAGUCUCAAAAGCGAAGAAGAAGGGCGAAAUCGAAGCGAGUCUCGUCCCGGAAAUCCAACGAUUCUCUAGAUAACAUCGCUAAACCCGCCCCGCUCGAUUGUGCUUACAGUAAUCCUACUUUUCAAGCUGGGAACAUUGAGGAGGCGUGGUUUGAUUCUGUUGCAAUAUUCGAGUCGGACUGCGAUGACGAUUUCCAAAGUGUUCCUGAUGAUGCUUCGUCUUUAAAUGGUUCUGAGAGUGCAUCCAUCUCUAGUAUUCCAUCUCUGAGAGAUACAGCUCACGAAGACUGUAAUGGCAGUCAUCCAAGUGUUUCUUCAACUGUCCAGAAGCAGAAGCCAGCUGAAUCAUCAAUCGGAAAUUCAGCAUGCAAUUCUGUCGGUGAAGUUGCAAAAAAUGCAAGUCCUCGGGUCAUGCAUUCCGAUGAUGCUGACUCUCAAAUGAAAUCUGAUGGCCCUUUACAUGGAGGGCAGCCUCCUGUUUCCCAUGAUGAAAUCUCUAGCUUCUCUGGGGAUGAUUCUGCUGGCAGGGAGGGAGGAGUACUGGACUAUUGUGGAAUUCUUCCAAACACUUGCUUGCCUUGUCUUGCUUCUACUGUCCCCUCAAUUGAAAAGAGAAGAUCCUUGAGCCCUGGUCCACCUAGUACAAGAAAAAAGGCCUCUUUGAAACUUUCCUUCAAAUGGAAGGACGGACAUCCCAAUCCUGCAUUACUUUCCUCAAAGAUGCUUUUGCAAAGACCUAUAGCAGGUUCCCAGGUUCCAUUCUGCCCAGUAGGGAAGAAAAUGUUGGAUUGUUGGUCACAUGUGGACCCUUGUACUUUCAAAGUCCGAGGAGAGAACUACUUUAAGGAUAAAAAGAAGGAAUUGGCUCCAAAUUAUGCUGCCUAUUAUCCGUUUGGUGUUGAUGUAUUCUUGUCGCCGAGGAAAGUUGAUCAUAUCGCUCGGUUUGUGGAACUCCCUACUAUAAAUUCAUCUGGAAAAUUACCACCAAUUCUUGUGGUAAAUAUUCAGAUUCCAUUAUAUCCUGCUACAAUCUUUCAAGGUGAGACUGAUGGCGAAGGGAUGAGCUUUGUUUUGUACUUCAGGCUUUCUGAUAGCUAUGCUAAAGAACUUCCUCCUCAGUUCCAAGAAAAUAUCAGAAGGAUAAUUGAGAAGGAAGUAGAAAAGGUCAAAGGUUUCCCUGUAGAUACCAUUGUUCCCUUCAGGGAAAGGUUAAAGAUCUUGGGUCGUUUGGUAAACGUGGAGGAUCUUCAUUUAAGUGCAGCUGAGAGGAAACUCAUGCAUGCUUACAAUGAAAAACCUGUUCUUACACGUCCUCAACAUGAAUUUUACUUGGGAGAAAACUACUUGGAGAUUGAUUUGGAUAUGCACAGAUUCAGUUACAUCUCUAGGAAAGGUUUUGAAGCAUUCCUAGACAGACUGAAACUGUGUAUAUUGGAUUUUGGCCUUACAAUUCAGGGAAACAAGGCUGAAGAGUUGCCAGAGCAGAUCUUGUGUUGUGUCAGGUUGAAUGGUAUUGACUACACAAAUUACCAGCAACUGGGGUUGAGUUAAGAACCCCUUUCACCAAAAUAACUGCUGAGUUGAUGUAACAAUUUUCACUUCAUAAAAAUGCUGGUCAAGCUGUUUUCUACAGAAGAAGCCCUAAGAAGCAUAUUCUUUUUCUGCAUUUCUUGUGUAUUUAUUAUUCACCUGGGAAGUUUGGAAAAAGAGAUAAGUUGAGCAAAAGGAUUUCUCAUAGUGGCACAGCGAUCUAUUCCUGGCAUCUCUGCUUUUUUGACUCAUCCAUGUGGAGAUUAUUGAAACAAUUGGAAAUUCAGAAAAUGGAAGAGCAAAGG